GGGCCCAUCACUCUCGACAAAACCCUAGCUUUCCUUCCCUUCUUAUCUCUCUCUCACGCCCUCUUUCUCACUCACAAGUUGCUUCUGCUUUCGGAAGAACGCUCGUAUUCUGAGAUCUGAUAUCAAAAGCGAACGUUUUUCCGUUAAGCAAUGGCGCUGGUCUUGCAUGCAGGGAAAACAAACAAAAAUGCUUACAAGGCAGUUAUUGCUGCUGAGUACAGUGGUGUCAAAGUUGAAUUGACUCCGAAUUUUGAGAUGGGGGUGUCAAAUAAAACCCCAGAGUUCAUUAAGAUGAACCCUAUUGGAAAGGUUCCUGUACUGGAAACUCCUGAUGGUCCCAUUUUUGAAAGCAAUGCCAUAUCACGUUAUGUUACUCGCUUGAAGUCUGACAAUCCUCUUUAUGGAUCUUCAUUAAUAGAAUAUGCCCUUAUUGAGCAGUGGAUUGACUUUGCAUCGAUGGAGAUUGAUGCAAAUAUUUCAAAAUGGUUGUAUCCAAGAAUGGGAUUUUUUGUUCACCUUCCUCCGGCGGAGGAAGCUGCUAUUGCUGCAUUGAAGAGAGCUCUUUGUGCUUUGAGCAUUCAUCUGGCUUCAAAUACUUACCUGGUUGGUCAUGCUGUGACCCUGGCUGACAUUAUCAUGACAUGUAACUUGUAUCCGGGAUUCACUAAUGUCAUGACUAAGAGCUUUACUGCUGAGUUCCCUCAUGUUGAGAGAUACUAUUGGACCAUGGUUAACCAACCAAAUUUCAAAAAGGUAAUGGGUGAGGUAAAACAGGCAGAGAAGAUCAUACCUGUUGUGUCUGCGAAGAAGCCUACUCAACCUAAAGAAGCUGCUAAAUCAAAGCCCAAGGAGGAGCCAAAGAAAGAAGCCAAGAAAGAACCAGCAAAGCCCAAAGCAGAAGAUGUUGAGGAAGAGGAGGCACCAAAGCCCAAAGCAAAGAAUCCUCUUGAUCUACUGCCCCCAAGUAAGAUGAUACUGGAUGAUUGGAAGAGGCUGUACUCCAAUACCAAGACCAACUUCCGCGAAGUUGCGAUCAAAGGUUUCUGGGAUAUGUAUGAUCCUGAGGGAUACUCUCUUUGGUUCUGUGAUUACAAGUACAAUGAUGAGAACAUGGUCUCAUUUGUCACUAUGAACAAGGUUGGUGGAUUUCUUCAACGGAUGGAUCUGGCACGCAAGUAUGCCUUUGGGAAGAUGUUGGUGAUUGGGUCUGAGCCCCCAUUCAAGGUGAAGGGGCUGUGGCUUUUCCGUGGGCAGGAAAUGCCUCAAUUUAUAAUGGAAGAGUGCUAUGACAUGGAGCUCUAUGAUUGGAGGAAGGUCGACUUAACUGAUGAAGCCCAGAAAGAGAGGGUCAACCAGAUGAUAGAAGAUCAGGAGCCCUUUGAGGGAGAGGCUCUUUUGGAUGCCAAGUGCUUCAAGUGAAGAUAUGAAGAAAGCCCUCACAGUUACAUCACGUUAGUUUUUUGUCAUGCUGUCUUUGUUUCGGGUUGAGUUUAUUUAUGUUCUAUUUCAAAUAGUUGGAAAGCUAGCAAGUUGAGGAUUCAAGGAUAUAAUAGGAUAAUUUAUAUUUUUGUCCUCUCUUUCGAGUAUGUUUUUGACCUACUAUAAUUUUGUGAUUGUCGAGUGACGAGUUAAUUAGCAUUGUUUUGCGGUAUGUUGGAUUGGAUAGUGAGUGAUCCUUAUUCUCGGAUGACCUAGUUAUUUUUGUCAUCUCAUUGUUUGAUGGGUGAUGAGGAUUCUGAUA